UUUCACUGAAAAAAUGAAACUUGAGUCAAUGGGACUGCAAAAUCACAAACAAAAUCUGGAAAGGGACUGGGAUUUGGAUAAAAUUUACGCUGAGAAAUUGGAUAAAUAACCCCCCUCUCCUUCCAUGGCCAGGACCCUCUAAGAUGGCUUUCGUAAUUGAUGCAAACUCUUGCUUUAAAAUAUCGAUUUUCCGGCGAUACCGUUGUCUUCAAUCGUAAUAACUCCUCAAACUUCCUCUUGGUAAAUUUUCCAGGACAACGAGAAUUUCGUAAAUCAAUUGGACGCGCACCUGCUCUUGACGGGGUACACUUCCCACAGAGUAAAUUGAGCUCAGUCACGGUAUUUUGAGUUGCUUUGACCACGUACAAAAUUACCUUUACAUUGAAGGAAACCUGAAAAUAGCAGUUUAGUAAAAUAGAAAAACACCAAAGAGAUAAUACUAAUAAAACGUAAAGGAAUAAGAAUGGUUAAGGAUGGGGAAGAUUAACACGGAUUAUAAACGACAAACUUGAAAAAUUUGGGCUAAGCGUUUCAAGAUGGGCAAAUCGUAUGACUUUUAUACCAGUUCAAAAUACUCCAAGCAUUAUUCCAAUUAAGAUCAUUUUCGACGCGUUUUGCUCAUUGCUUACUUUAUGGAACUUUGAAGGAAAUUUUCCUGUCGUUUAAUGACCACCAACAAUUUAACGACUUAACGUUUAACCGAGAACUGAAAUGCAGACCCAGUUUAUAUUGACAGAGGGUCUCGUAAGGCCAGACCCCGCGAAAAUACUGUAUGGAUUUUAAAAUAAACUGAACAAUUAAAAACUAUGAGGACAUUAAACAGAUGUCACAAAGUACCCGCUACAUUUUGCAGAGCACAGAUUUACUUAACGCGUUUGUCUUUGUUUAUAACGCUGGUACCUUUUGGUACCCGCUUGGUUCAUUUAAACUGACCAAUCAGAAGCAUCGGAAGUAAUAUACACUCGCACAUGGCUGCGUUGGAGUAAAACAAUCUGUAGUUCAUAAAUGAAAAGCAAAUCAGCCGUGAUAUUUUGGAUCAUUAAUUUAUGAAGAACUUUCUGAUCGAGGUUCCGUAACUUAGACGCCGGGCAUAUAAACAUAGGUUUCAUCGACCUUAUGGCGGAUAGAAGGUCUUUGAAUUUUCUUUGCUGCUUGUUAUGUAUUUUGAUUAGUAUGAAGAGCUUGGGAGUUCACGCUACCGACAAGUCACUGCGACAUGGCACGUGUGGAAUCGAAGAAGGCGAAGAUGGCGUCUGUAACAGUGGAGAUGAAAAUAUGUAUCUCGAAAACGUCGAUAUUUCGGAUUUAAAAGACACUGGAGCCAGCAUACAAAAUAAGGAAGUCGAGAGUUUUUCAGAACAUUCGCCAGUAGAGAAAACAAGAAGUGAAGAUGGUAAUAGUUUAUUUGACAGUAAAGAUGAAAAUAUGUACCCUGAAAACGUCGUCAUUUCGAAUUUAAAAGACGCUGGAGCCAGCUUACAAAAUAAGGAUUAUGUCGAGAUUCCUUCAGAAGUUUCCCUAGGGGAGAAACCAAGUAGUGAAGAUGACAAUAGUUUAUCAGAAGUAGGAGAUAAACAAAUACACGUUAUAGACAAUUCAACCAAUGAAUGGCUAGGACUUCAGAUUCCGGUAGUUGAUGGGGUUAGGGUUGGUCAUGUUCAGGAAAUAGAGAUUCUUCCAGGGAUGAAGCGUCAAAUGAAGACACUGAGCAUGCGCCCUCUUGUAUUUGAGAUUCGUGACUUUCUUGACGAAGACGAAUGUGAACUUAUCAUAGCACUUGCCGAGAAUAAAAAGCUCGGUGAUAAUCCUAAGAGAACAAACAAUCGAGGAAUAUACUAUGAAGAUCCACUGAACACCUUCAAACAGUGGGACUUGAAUGGUGAUGAGUACAUUGAUCCACAAGAGAUUGUAUUAAUUCCUGGUAAAAUGGAUCUGAAGUUUACUGAACACAACGCCACUCAGAUGAUGAAAACCCUGCAAAUGGACAAAGAUGACAAUGGAAAAAUCGACCUGACUGAAUUCAAAAGUAUAGAACUGGAAAGAAUAAGAGAAUACGUUGACGGACUUCUGAAUGAUUCCUCACUAAGAAGAAUACCCAACAGUAAAGUGUCUUGGUUGUGGCACGAUGAAGAUGAACUUCUUCGAUAUCAACCGGAAUUACUGGAUGGAUUUCACGAUCGGCUACAGGCAGUUACGAAAAUACCAAAGGAAAUUAUACAAGAGAGCGAACCUAUGCAAGUGAUGCAGUUUGAAGAAAACAGUUAUCAAUAUUGCCAGCAAGAUAGCGAACCAAAAUUUGAAGGAGUUCCAUGCUGCCUCUAUGGUGACAUGCAAGAGUGCAUAAUAUGCAGGUAUAUAACAGUGGCUUAUUUCCUGAAUGACGUUGAUGGUGGAGGGGAAGUUGUGUUGCCCCUUGCAAACAGCAAGUUUGAGGAUGACAUCAUGAAAAAUUGUGGUAACUGGACUGGUUUCUUCACGUAUGAGAAGACAACAGGAAGCGAAAAUCACUUCGAAGUGGAUAUCCAGUUUAAAAAGGACAGUGCUAAUAGGGUUUUGUAUGGAAAAGGAAAAGACGACAGUGGUGAAGAAUUUGAGUUGAUUGACAGUUUGUUGACAGAGGACAUCAUAAGAUUUCGCAAAAAGUAUCUGGCUCAAGAGAAGAGUGAUGCCUCCAUUAAAUACGCUGGGAGAUGGAAAGGUAAUACGCAAAUUGAAGGAAAGUGGUGGAUUCCUGGCAAGAGCAAGAUGCAUGGGCGUUUUUUCAUGCGCCACAAAACUUAUGAGAAAUGGAUGGAUGGUGAGCUUAGGAAAUGCAAUUCUCACGAGUAUUGUUCAAAAGGAAACUUGGUAAUCAAACCAGAGAGAGGCAAGGCAAUCAUGUGGUACAAUCACGUGCUCAAUGAUGACGGUACUUGGAUUGGAGGACUGGACAACAGAAUGUACUAUGGACAUUGUGACGUCACCAAAGGCGAGAAAUGGAUAGCUACUAAUUGGUUAAACAUAGACGGCGACGGAACUACGGUAUUAAGAGCCUGGAAACGAGGAACCAACCUCAUAUCCGAGACUAAGAAACAUGAAAAUCAAAAUAUAAUUCAAAGAAUGCAAAAAGAUAGAGAAACCAAUCUCCCAGAUACCAUUGAGGAAGAAUUUAAAAGCGAUAUGGAAAGCGCCCAAGAAUGGACGUUUGAAUCUCGUCCGAAGGAACGACAUGUUCUUAACGCUGUUGUGUCGCUAAUGGAAGCUCUGAAAGAGGAGGAACUGCGAGAUAUUUCUAAGAAAGUACACGAGAAACUUGAGAUGCUCUGCGUUCCUUUGGUCCUGAACCAGGGCGGUAGAAUAUCUAUAGUAGACGGAAGUAAAGCUGAAUAAUCAAUCUUUUUACUUUUUAUAAUCAAAUCCUAUGUACAUUAAUGUGACUUACUUGACUUGAGCCUUUUCACCCCGUGGGAGCAUAGGUCCUUAAAGAAGUCUCUCUAUUUCUCUCUUUCUUGUGACUGUCUCUCCAACUGUUGCCGGUUGAAGCCUGCCUCUCCCAUCUCCCCCUCCAUUGACCGUCGCCAGCUGUUCCUUAGCUUCCCUCUCUUCCGCGUCCCCUGUGGAUUCCAUCUCAAGGCCUGCUUGGUGGUGUUGGUAUUUGGUUUGCGCCGAGUGUGACCCAGCCAAAGUAAUUUUUAAAUUAAGAUGUACUUUAUUUUUAACCUGUGGAUAAAACAUGGCGUGUGAUUGCCGUGGUUUAAUUUUACCCUCGGUACAAUUUGAUAUUUUCCUUUGUUCUGGCGUAUGGUAAUACAUUAUAAUGUAUAGGAAACAUAAGAAGAUCCAUAAACUGUACCAGUAGUAAUAAUGAACCACCACAUGUACCUUUCAAUGAAAAUUAUUGACCAGCAUUUUAUUGUGGUAGAGUUAUUGUUGCUGUACAAGAUUGUUCUAACUUUUAAGUCUGUGGAUAAAACCCUAGAGUGUGACUAUUCAAAUGAAAGCUAUCGAGAAGAUAUUUCAUGUGGUAUUGUUUAUCAUGCGGUAUCAGCUGGUUCAAUUUUUUAAGUCUGUAGAUAAAACCCAAGAGUGAGAACAUGUGCUAUUUUUUUAUUGUACUGCUAAAAAUGGUACUAACUUUUUAAAAGUCUGUGGUUAAAAGGAGGUACCAGUUAAGUUAUCUUAGGCAAUAAAGUGAUAUCUUUCAUAACACUUUUAAAUAUCUGUCACCGAGUUAAUUUGUCUUACCAUUAUGGUAGGUAUGACUAUCAAAGGCUGUAAAUAUGCGGAUUUUUGAGGCUUAGUACAAGUUUUCUUAAGUACCUAAACUCAAUAAAGUUCUAAAUAUUCCCUCGUUUACAAUCACUCAUC